GUUUCUAAAAUUUAAGUUACGCGUACGUACUUAACUUUAUUUAUUAUUUAUGAUAUGUGUGACUAUUAAUUUUUUUUUCUUUCUAUACAGGAGUUUUAAAAUGGCUAGUUCGUCAUCUUCUCAUCAUUAUGACGUGGCAUCUGGACCAUUAGAGGAUGAUUUAUUGUGGAUGCAAAAAAAUCAUGUAUCCCAACAUAUUUGGAAUGGUGCUAAUGAUAGGACAUUAAAAAUUCGACGAGCCACACCACUAUACAAUCAUAGAGAAGCACCGCCCGAAGAAAUUAUUCCUCUAUUACAAAUUUCGGGUUUGUACCCGAUAAUGAAAUUGGCGCAGCUGAAAGUGAAUGGAGCAUUGGUGAAUGCUUUUAUUGAAAGGUGGAGGCCAGAAACGCAUACAUUUCAUUUGAAGUGUGGAGAGGCAACUAUUACACUUCAAGAUGUUUCUGUGCUACUUGGUAUUCCUGUGGAUGGAAGACCAUUAAUUGGAAAUACAAAUAUUGAUGGGUUUGAAUUGUUUCAUGAAUUAUUGGGUGUCAUGCCUGACGAUGCUGCAAUUGAUGGGAACUCAAUUAAAUUGAGUUGGUUGUCUUCUCAUUUUGCAAAUAUUCAUGAUUUUACAGGCAACCAAGAAGGCCUUGAAAGAUUUGCUCGUGCUUGGAUCUUACGAUUCAUAGGUGGGGUAAUGUUUGUUGACAAAAGCAGCAAACGGGUGCAUUUGAAAUAUUUGCAGUUUCUGAGAGACCUUAGAGAGUGCAGUAGUUAUGCAUGGGGAGCUGCUGUUUUGGGUAACCUUUAUAGAGAGAUGUGCAUCGCAACAGACUAUAAUGCUAAAUCAAUAGGCGGUUUCACUCUCUUGAUUCAAUUAUGGGCAUGGGAACGAUGCCCAACAUUAGCCCCCUCAGUUAUUCCUCCACAACAACAAAACGCGCCACUUGGUUACAGAUGGUUGGGAGGUGAAUUGCAUCACAUAGGCAAUGACAAUUUAAUUGAGUUUCGUCGUAAAUUAGAUGUCAUGAAACGCGACGAGGUAACAAUUUUGAUGUUUGUUUAUUAAAUGAUGUUGUAUUUCUUAAUUAAUUUAUUAAAUUUAACUUUUAUAUGCAGUUUGUAUGGGUCCCUUAUGCUGGACAUGUGGAAAUGAACUUGAGUCAAGUUUGUUUUUUUGGGUCUGUAUUAUGGACAUGUAUCAUACCACUUAUUUGUUUUCAAAAAGUGGAAUGGCACCAGCCGGAUAGAGUCAUGAGACAAUUUGGAAUGCAACAACCUAUUCCGGGACCAGUAAUGCAACCCAACAACAUACAUGACUUGACAUUAAAGGGAAAGGAAGGAAAAAAUUGGAUGCGACUAAUGCAACCCGCGCUUAAUGAAUGGAAUAGUCGCUAUGAAAGGAGAGUAGAGCAGACGCCGCCACAAACAGGGACCCUCGGUCUGAACUCUGAAUAUAUGAGGUGGUACAGGCGUAAAACAAAAGUGUAUGUGGACCCAAAACAUGCAAGAAGAGGA